ACGGCUCCCAAUAUAUUUUUUUUUCGUUUAGAAUCGAAAAUCUUUUUCUAAAAAAAUGUUUUUUCCUACAUUCAAAAAUAUAGGCUCAAAUAUUAAAAAAAAAAAAACAAACAAACAAAUAUAAGCUCAAAAGUCAACGCCUCCCUCUUUUUCUCUCUCUCUAUACUCAUCUUCCACUUCUGCUUCCUCAUCUUCUUCUGCUUCUUCCUUUUCUUUCUGGCACUCUGAGAAAAAAAAAAAAAAAAUAGGCCAUGAAUUAUUGGUCCUAGUUGUUCUUACAGCUAAACUAAAUAGGUUUUCAUAUAUAGUGUUUUUUUGUUUAUUUGGUUUCGAGAUGGGCAACGGCUUUGGGAAGUUUAGCGUUUGCUUCACCGGCGGUGGAGAAGCUCGUCGGAAACAUGACUUGUCGGUUUUGGAUUCCGACCCACUAGAUGAGGGUCUGGGCCACUCUUUUUGCUACGUUCGACCUGACCCGACUCGGCUCUCUUCGUCUAAGGUUCACUCGGAGGAAACGACAACUUUUAAGACAAUCUCCGGUGCCUCGGUCAGUGCCAACACCUCUACUCCUCUUUCCACUUCUCUCAUCGAUCUUUAUUCUUACAACUGUAUCGAUCGAGCUGCGGCUUUCGAGAGCUCCACCUCGUUCGCUUCGAUUCCUCUGCAACCAAUUCCUAGGGGGUUGAUGAACUCAGGUCCGAUUUCCGGUAACUUCGGGGGAUUCCCCGGUUCUGGACCGCUGGAACGGGGAUUUAUGUCCGGCCCGAUUGAGCGUGGAUUCAUGUCGGGCCCGCUCGACCGUGGGAUUUUCUCCGGGCCAAUGGAAAAAGACGAUUCCGAUCAGUUUAAGAGAAGCUUCUCCCAAGGGGGUUUCGCUUUUCGACCCAGAUCAAGGAAAGGGAAGCUGAUUCGGGUCCUCCGUCGAGCGAUUUCAAAGACGAUUUAUCGUGGUCAGAACUCGAUCGUGGCUCCGAUCAAAGGGGUCAUCUCAAUCAAAGAUCCGGACUGGAUUCUCGGCCCGGAGAAGCACAAUGAGAACCUGACGGUGAGUAGCAUCAAUUUGAGCAGCGAAGGUAGUUUGGAGGACGAUGAUUCAUCCGAAUCUCAGAAUCUUCAAUGGGCACAGGGGAAAGCAGGGGAAGAUCGAGUACACGUUGUCGUUUCGGAGGAGCACGGCUGGGUUUUUGUUGGGAUUUAUGAUGGGUUCAACGGCCCUGAUGCUCCCGAUUACCUUCUUUCGAAUUUGUACUCGGCUGUACACAAAGAGCUAAAGGGUUUGUUGUGGGAUGAGGAUAAGUUUGAGCCUGCAUCGGCAGCAACGGAGGAUGAAGAAGAAGAGUCGUUGCAGACCGUUGAAGUUGAUGAUGCUUGUUCCCGCUGUGUUGAGCAAGAGAAUAAUUAUAGUAAUCAUAAUCGUCCCUGCGCAAGUGGGGAUGGGAAUGUCGAUUCGAAUUGGAGUUGUAAUAAGCGCAAAAAGGGCAGUAGUAAUCAGAACUCGAGGAGCAAGUAUAGAGGUGCGUCGAAGAAAUGGGAGGAUAAUCAGAGAAGAUGGAGGUGUGAAUGGGACAGAGAAAGAUUAGAGCUUGAUCGGAGAUUAAAGGAGCAAUUGAAUCGAUCUGAUUCGGACGGUUCGAGUUCGAUUAAUCACUCGGAUGUGUUGAAAGCUCUUUCUCAAGCUCUGAGAAAGACGGAGGAAGCUUAUUUCGAUGUAGCUGAUAAGAUGCUUGUGGAAAAUCCUGAGUUGGCUUUAAUGGGUUCUUGUGUUCUUGUUAUGCUGAUGAAAGGAGAGAAUGUUUACGUUAUGAAUGUGGGUGAUAGCCGAGCUGUAUUGGCUCAGAAAUCUGAGCCUGAUUAUUGGCUUGGAAAGAUUCGACAAGACUUGGAAAGGAUUAACGAGGAAACGUUACAUGAUCUUGAAUCAUCAGACGGUGAUAGACCCUGUUCGAUUCCCACUUUGACUGCUGUUCAGCUCUCUAAGGAUCACUCCACCAGUGCGGAUGAGGAAGUUCAAAGAAUAAAAGAUGAACAUCCAGACGAUCCUUGUGCUCUACUGAAUGACCGUGUCAAAGGUUCAUUAAAGGUUACUCGAGCUUUUGGUGCUGGUUUCCUCAAACAGCCCAAGUGGAACAAUGCACUGUUAGAGAUGUUCAGAAUCGAUUACGUUGGGAAUUCGCCAUACAUCACUUGUUUCCCAUUUCUCUACCACCACAGAUUAGGCCCAAAGGACAGGUUUUUGAUAUUAUCAUCUGAUGGGUUAUAUCAGUACUUCACAAAUGAAGAAGCUGUUUCAGAAGUUGAGCUUUUUAUCACAUUACAACCUGAAGGAGAUCCAGCACAACACUUGGUUGAAGAAGUGUUGUUCCGGGCUGCAAAGAAAGCAGGUAUGGAUUUUCAUGAAUUACUCGAAAUACCUCAAGGGGACCGAAGGCGGUACCAUGAUGAUGUUUCAAUAAUUGUUAUCUCUUUAGAAGGAAGGAUAUGGAGAUCAUGUGUAUAAACAAGAGACAAAUCAAAUCACAGUUACUAGAAAUAUUAUAGAGGCAUCCAAUCUAAAAUAGAAAAAAAAAAUAUCAGGCAAUUGGUCUUCCUUUCUUUGGUUUUUUUGGCCUCAGUUUUCGUUUUCCUGGUCACCAUUUUGUAACAUACCAAAUUAUGACCUUCAGGGAGAGAAAGCAGUGCCUGUGAGGAACUUGGUUGUGUGCAGAGUUUACUAGGGAUGGUAAGGAUGACUUGUAUAGAUGUAAAAGCUGGUUCAUGUUGAAUAUAUAAAUUGUCAUAGAAAAAACUGUAAUCUUCCAAUAAAUGACAAUUCUCCUUGUGAAAUUACAAAGAGAAGAGAAAAAAAAAAAAAAAAGGAAAACGAAAA